AAAAUAUGCUUACUAUAAUAACUUAUUUCCAAUGCCAGUGAAGAAGGCUGUGAAGACAAAUUUCCAAGCAAGGUCGAAUAGUUUAUGAGACGGAAUCAGCCCUUUCCAGAAGGACUAUGAUCCUCAAAUUUUGAACCUUCUUAAAAACUCUUCUUUCAAGAUAAUGAAGGAGAUGCAAAAGAAAGUUGAUACCAAGCUAAAAACUAUUAUUAGAAGUCAGAAAAGAUCCAGUUCCCAGAACGAAACCAGAAAGCCAUUAGUAUCUGCAGAUAUUGAAAGCAAUGAAUCUACCAACUAUGACAAAGGCGACCUGGGCUCCUCUGAUUUCCAAAGGUCCCUUAUUGUGCAAGAGUCGAUACCAUUAUUCAAGAAGAAAACUGAGGUCUCUAAUAACUCUAUGAGCUCUCCAAGUCAUGCAUGCAAUCGGUUCAGAACAAAGACUCAGAUGGGUAAAUAUAUAUCUGCUUUCUCAACAAAUGAAGCUAUUGUUAAGAUUAGAAAAUAAACAAAAUAAAUGUCACGAUAAUCUGAUAAAUCAAGAGAAGGACAAGAGAAAAUAAGAGAUCUCAGAUAUUCAUGAAGGCGAAGCAAAUUAUUGAACAGCAGCGUAAAGAGUUUCAGAAGAAACUUUCAAGUAAAUAUACCAAAUACAUCAAGAAUGACAAGAAGAUGUUUGAAAAAGUGCCUCCUCAUCAUGCAGCCAAGAACUUAUGUAAUGAUUUUCUUAAAAUUCGAAAAGCCUUAGCUAGUAGAACGCUUAAUUCAAAGAUCACGAAGAGAGAAAUAAGGGAUUGGAAUAUUGAUAAAGUAAUCUUAACCAAAAAGAGCAUUAAGGACUUGCCUUAAAGGUCAAU